GCAGAUCAGUUUUGGUUUCCAUUGGGUUUGGUCGCGUCGCACCUUGACAAGUGCGCAGCACAAACAUGCACAAGGCGGUGAAAAAUAAAUCCAGGCUAUUGUGUGGCCUCAAAAAUUCCAAGGCAGAUCUUACAACAGCCAAGUUUAUACUUUAUUAUGGACCCAGCGUGGCUGAUAGCGAUAUAUAUGAUCUACACGACUCGAAGAGUCUGUUGGAGGAUGAGCAUUUAGAUUUGAGCAAGAACACUGUACUGUAUUUACAUGGUUAUUUAGAGGAUCCCGAUGUGGAGAGUAUUCAUGUUAUUGCCGAGGCUUAUUUGGAACGUAAUGAUACAAACCUGAUUGUUCUGGAUUGGGGAGAAUUGGCGGAUGGAAAUUAUAUUUUCGAUGCUGUCGUCAAUGCAAAACAAUUGGGCCCGGAAUUAGCCAAGGUUUUGCUUGAAAUGUUCGAUCAUGGCUUGGAUAUUGAGAAAUUCCAUAUUGUUGGUCAUUCAUUGGGUGGUCAGAUGGCUGGCAUUGUUGGACGAGAAAUUUAUAAACGCAGCAAAGGUGCUAAGAAAAUUAAAAGAAUUUCUGGCUUGGAUCCGGCAUUUCCCCUUUUCUACCUCACCGCCGGAUUGUGUAAUCAUUUGAAUAAAAAUGAUGCUGAAUUCGUAGAUGUUAUACACACAGAUGCCUGGCUAUAUGGAGCUCCGAGCAGUACAGGUACGGCGGAUUUCUGGCCUAAUGGUGGCAAGACACUUCAGCCCGGAUGUCCGAAGCGCAACUAUAAAAUGCUAAGCGAUAAUGAUUUGUCUAGCCACAGACGUAGUUGGUGGUUUUGGGCUGAAAGCGUAUCUGAUCGUUUUCCCAUUCGAUUUGAAGCCGUGUCCUCCAAAAGCUGGGAUGACUUCAAGAUGAAAAAAACUAUUGAAACUGGAUCAUCUGUAGUAAUGGGUCAUAAUUGUCCCACAAAUGUGCAUGGCGAUUUUUACUUACAAACCAAUGGCGUAACACCCUUUGCACGUGGCAAAGAGGGUACUAUCUAUGUUGAACCCAAGGAACUGUUAGGCAAUAAUAAUACCUAUGAAAUUACAGCACCGGUGAAGGUGGAGCAAUGAAAUGUUGUUACCGUUUAAACAUUUUAGUGUGUGAAGUAAAUAAAUGUAAAAAUUGUUGCUUGCUUCUGUUAAAUGAA